GUCGUGGUGGGUUUUACUUCCUGUACGUAUUGUAUCUUUUAGUAGCACAGGAGGAGUAGAGGGUGUGGACAGUGCUGACAGAUUUUGCAAGAUAAAGAAAAGCAGAAAGAGCCAAAGAGGAACAGAGAGACAGCGACGAGAGGACUGACAGAUGUACAAUCAGAUCGGCGAUAGGGCAAAGGGAAAGGAACAAAUAUGCUGCUGCAGUGACUCAUUUAAAGGCUGCAGCUAAAGGUGAAGACAGUGAGAACUCAACAGCAGUUUCUAUUCGGUUUGCAAGCCAAGUCUGUUCUGGUGGAGGGAUUUUUUUUUGUUGCUUUUUUAAAGAAAUCGAUGGAGAAAAAUGUCUGAGGGAUCUCUUCAGCUGCACAUCUACAUAUGUCUUGUGGCACCCGAAAACCACAGCUGAGCUAAGCUGAGCUUGAGAGGAGGAUUAAUGAACGUGUUGCUGAACAUCAUUGAAUUCAACAGAACUGACACACCAUGACCUUGCUACCGUUCACUGCGGGUUCUGUACCUCCAAACGCUUCCUUUUCUACUGCAUCUCCAUCAGUGUCAUCCUUCAUGUUGAGAAUCACUCCAUAUUCUUCCCCCAAUGCCACAAUUGAACCAAACUGUACGUUGGACAGCGCCUCGCUCCGUUUGCCGCUGGCAGUUUUCUACUUGCUGUUCUUUGUCCUGGGGCUUGUGGGGAACCUGUUCGCUUUGUGGGUGUUCCUCUUCCUCCACUCCAAGCACAACUCGGUGCAGGUGUUCCUCAUCAACUGCGCUGUGGCCGACCUGGUCCUGCUGGCGUGCCUGCCGUUCAGGGUGUUCUAUCACCUCAAGGGAGACCACUGGGUGCUGGGGACGGUGGCCUGCAGACUGGUGGGGAACGGUUUCUACAUGAACAUGUACAUAAGCAUUUUGCUCCUGGGACUCAUCAGCCUGGACAGGUACGUGAGGCUGCGAGGGAGAGGCACUGCUAGGAGGAGUUUGUGGGGAAGGCUAUGUGGGCAUAAGCAGCUCUGGAGCUGGGUGGUGUGUGGCACCAUAUGGAGCAUCUUUCUGAUGGGGGCGAUGUCGAUGGCCGUGACAAAGGAGGACAAAGACUUCAGCGGCCAAUGCUUUGAGUACAGGCAUCGCCGCAAUGUCGCCUGGAAGGCUUACCUCAAUGCGAUGUUAGUGGUGCUGUUCUGGCUGGUCUUCAUCAUGAUGGUCAUCUCCCACGCCAAAAUCGCCUCAAAGUUGCUUCAGCUGUCGCAGAAGAAGCCAGAGCUUCCCAAUGCAUCCAAGUACAAAAGAACCGCCAAGAAGUCCUUCUUUGUCCUCUUUCUGUUCACCGUCUGCUUUGCGCCCUACCACAUCUUCCGUCCGGUGUACAUCCACUCCCAAAUAAAUUCCGGUGAAUGCUCCACCUACCUGGGGAUGGUGAACAGUAUCAACGAGAUCAUGCUCCUGUUGUCCACCUUUAAUAGCUGCUUGGAUCCAGUCAUGUACUUUCUGUUGUCCGGCUCAGUGCGCAGAACCACUCUACGUGUUCUUGGACGCCGGUUCUGCAACAGAUGUCAAUACCUUCAAGAUGUUGCGCUGAAUAGCUCUACCAUAGAUUACAGACGAGGGUCCGCACCGCUGGCUCUACCCGGACAAGUCCACAACAACCCUUCACUCACACCUAGAACCAGCGUCUGUGUCAUUAACGCCACUCUCCGUCGCACAGAAGCGACAACUACACUUCCUCCUGCUGGUCUCCAGUGAUCGCAAGCUCCUCAAGAUUGUCAGAACACUGAAGGCAGAAUGCCAAGCCACACUGAAGCUGAGACAGAACUGUUGUUGUUGGGUUUUUUUUUUUAAACAAUAUCUUGUUUUCUUUUGUUUGUUUUCAUUCGUACUUGGUCUUGUUAAAAGCUUUGACCCAAGAACGUAUGAGGUUGUGUUUUUAUUGUUUCUUUGCAUUUUUUUAGAUAAGUUUUCUCCCACUUAUUUUCACAAUUUAAAAUGGAAAACAUAUGACUACCUAUGGUUAAAAAAAAUGCAUCCUCUUACUAAAACAAAACUUCAACUGGCAUCAAAAAGGAGCCUCAUAAAAGUAUUCAUAAAACUGAAAAAAAAAAAAAAAAGGAAAAAGAACAACAAGUUCCAGUGUUAUUUGUAGGGCUGAGUGAUAUGGUUUAAAAAUAAAAUGUCAAAUCUUUUUAAUACCAAAUUAGAUUUCCAAUUCUUCAUAUAUAUGUGCUCUAUAGGGACAUAUUAAAUAAAGCUUUUAUUUAACCUAACAACGUGUAGAUCAACGUCAGGUCAAAGUUGGCAGCAGUCAUUUGAUUUUACCCAAGAGGAUUGUUUGCAGUUUCGGCACCUUAUUUCUCUCAUUUGGAUUUACCCGCUGACUAAAUCCCACCUUUACAUCUCGAUGAAUCACAUUGUUGUCAUGGCAGUACCUCAGGGCCUCCAAUAUCUGCCUCAUGUAGUGGCUGCAU